UCUCUGAUUUUUAUGAAAUCAAUAAGAUGCCUCGUCAAGUUUCGUCCUCCAAGAACCGUCCUUUUCCUCUACAAAUUGUUCUUACAUCCAUUGACAAAAUCGUAGUAAGCGAUGUCGUCACAUCAAUGACCGUGCUGGCCUUGAAGGACAAAAUUGAGUUGCAAUGUGGAAUUCCACGGCAAUUACAGCGCUUGACUUAUUUUGACGAACUAGACAUGGAUGACAGAAAAAAGCUUUCCUUCUUUCAUGUAGUACCAAACUCCAUAUUUAUAGUGAAAUGGUGGCCUGAGUGGGCUUCUCUUAUUCAAGCCGCUUAUUUUGGUGACAUAAAAGGUGUAAUGGCAUCGCGAAUAGGACAGAUGGCGCCAGAAAUUGGUUGGUUUAGAAGGAUGUACUUUAAUGAACGUGGCUAUGCUGCUUUGUACAUUGCUUCUCAUCGAGGUCAUUCGCACGUGGUUUCGAGGCUAAUGAGCUUAGGUAUUGAUCCAUGUCAGAAGAUGCCAUCUGGGAGAUCCUCUAUUCAUGUGGCCAUUCAUACCAAAAGAAUAGCCUGUGUGAGCCUUUUAAUUGGGAAAUCCAGAAGUGUGAGAGAAGAAGCAUGCUACAGUGAGAAUUGUGUAAUGAGGAACACAUUUCUGAACAUCGCCCGUCAACUGCAGCGGAGAGAUGGCUGGAGAUUACUGGUAACGCAAAUCAAGAAACGUAUUGGACGCCGAGAAAACGAUACUUCAAGUAAACGAAUCAUUCCUUUGCGAGAAUUUCAGAAAUAUGACUCUAAAUUUUCAACACAUUUAACAGGGCCACUUGGUCGGAUUUACCUUUGCACAGUUCUCCAGAUGGAUCCCAUUCGACGCCGAACUUUCAUAAAGCCUUGGAAAUCUUGAACACAUUUAGAGUUAAAGAUUUAUAAUUCACUCUCAGUUACCCCCACUCUAGAAAAGGCAAAUCUAUUCAUGUAUUUGAAUUUUUAACAUUAGCACUGUGCGAACAAGUUAUCCGUUAAUCCUCUUUCCAUAAAAGUAAGAUCAAACUACAACAGAAGGAAAUCUUUAAGCAAAUGGGAAAUGUGAAAUUAGGAGAUUUUCAUCACGUUUAUUAAUAGAAACUAAUAAUUUCAAAAUUAAAUCAGAAGGCACUCAUUAG